AAAACAUUUAUCGGAGUUUUUUAUAAUGGGUAAAAAAAACAAAGGUGGCGGCAAAAAACGAGGAAGAAUACAUAAGCACCGUUAUAAGAAGAACAAGCAGCAAUCGCCGCGCAAAGGCCGCAAAGCCUUACUCGGUGAGGUUGCAGAAGAAACAAACACGUGCCCGACAACAGUUGAAAAUAAAGCGCUUUCAGAACCCUCUUGCUCCAGGACAACGCUGGAAAUGGAGCUACAAUUAAACACCGAUGCUUCUACAACAAUGACGUCGCAAUUCCAAAAGUUUAAGGAUAGUUUGGUAAAAAAGAAGCUUAAGCGCUUGCAGAAGAAGAAAUCUCCAAAAUCAAAUUCGAAUAAAAGCUAUUCAGUAAAGCUUGUCAAUUCCAUUAAACGUCGAGCAGUUAACUCACAAAGCAAAAAUGCAUCAGCUACACCCACAAAUAAAGGAAAUGUACAACUACAGCAAGUCACAAAGCAGCAGCAACAGAAACAACAGCCGCAGCAAAAUUCACUGCCUAAGCCCACGUUUUAUCCCACCGGACAACAAAAAUCCGAAGUAAAAGAGGGCGAGAUAAUCGAAGAGAUUGAGAGCAGCGAUGACGAUGACUGCAUUGUCCUGGAACCGCAUAUGACUAAAAUCACUAUAGACACAGAUGACGAGCCGGACGAUGAGUCAUCGAAGGAGCCAGUUGCCGCCAAAGCAGAGGAUAAAAAUACCGUAGUUAAUUUCUUUAAGGUAGAUACUAGACGCAGACAUCAGUUAUGGGCACGUUUCGUAAAUGGCACAAGCCAGAAUAGCGUAUUAUAUAACAAAAGUAAUGCGCGUCCAUUAUUAAAGGAAAAUACGUCGUGUAUUAUCAUUGAUGAUGGCGGCGAUGAGGCCAAGAAAGUAGAACAGAAACAGCCUGUUGCACAGAAUUUAUUAGAUGAUAGUGUGAUAUUUGUACAAGAAGAUUUUAUACCGCUGUCGAGUGGUAAAGAUGAUGGUGCUGGUGAUGGUGUUAGUCCACAGCGAAAGCGUCAUUCAAAGUCGACAGAAGACGGACCGAAAGCUCCUAAAACACCCAAGAUGGUCACACAGCGGAUGAACGAAGGCCUAUUUACCUCAACGGAGCGCAAAAAACUCGCCGAUUAUAAUAGCAAUACAUAUAAUCCAGGAGUAGAGUCGAAUGCGCCAGUAACUCAUAAACGUUCCAUUAUCAUAGACGGCAGCAAUGUGGCCUUUGGUCAUGGUCGCUCCAAUAUAUUUUCUUCGGAGGGCAUAAAAUAUUGUGUGGAGUACUUUGAGAAGAUGGGGCACGAUGUGAAGGCUGUAAUUCCAUUGUUUCGACGAAAUAGUAACAAAUCAUCGAAUCCUGCCCUGCUCGAUCAACUGUAUAAAGAGGGCAAAAUUGUAUUUACACCCUGUAAAAAUUUACCCAACCAACAGGCCAUCAGCUAUGAUGAUCGCUUUAUACUUCAGUUAGCUUAUGAGCGUAAUGCAGCAGUUGUCUCCAAUGAUAACUAUCGGGAUCUCAUCAAUGAGAAUGCGGCAUUUAAAAAGAUCAUUGAGAAUCGUGUAAUUGGAUAUUCCUGGUGCGAUAAUAUACUGAUAUUACCAAAGGAUCCGUAUGGAAGAUUUGGGCCACCUUUGGCUGAAAUUUUACGUUGUUAGCGUUCAUAUUCUUUUUCCAAUU